ACAUGUCUGGCACGUCACAGAGCAAACGCGAUCGUCCCAACGUUUCCCGGGGCGAUCGCUCAAACAUCAAGAGCACAGAAAGGACAACAACAACAACAACAACAAAAGAAAACAUGGAGAGGGCGGAGAAAGAGCAAGAGUCACCAUCCAGACGGUGUGGCCUAGCUGUUUUUGGCGUACAUUUGUACCGCUUUGAGAUCGUUUUGUCUAGCAGUAACAUAGCUCUAUGUUUUGUUCUCUACUUAAAGGCACAAAUGGUUCAAGCCGCCAGUAUCCCCAAGACUAACGUGAUAGUGAAGGAGGACAUCACGGAGUGGAUGGCGCGACUUUUAGACCUGCACGGCUUCACCAUUGAGAGGCUCAGUAAUGGAACCUUCCGCGUCAGCUGGUGACGUAGGCAGUACACGAGCUCCACAAGUUGUGACGUCAUGACAGAGCGGGAGGGACAGCACUAACCGGCACGGGGCAUACUAGCCAUGAAAUCAAAAAGACUGAUAGCAUAUUGAAUUAUUAUAUGAUACUAUUUUUGAAGACCACACAUUUCUUUUAUGUUAAACCUGUCUUUAGCCACAACAUUCAGAACUUUUUUGUCAAUUUUGGUGCCAUUGCACAAAAGGCACGCUUUAAAAACUACAUCGUUUGCCUACGACUUAUUUCACCAAUAGCAGCUGUGUUAUUUUCUUAUAUUACAUAAUCAGUGUCUUCUUUGUUAGAAAGUGUAAAAAUCUGGCUGGUUUUCUAUUUAUCAGUCUGCACCUAUACGUAUGAUACUUGCAUAUAUUCAGUCCUGAACAAGCAUUCGUUUGCAAUUAACGUAAUUAUAUUAAUAUUAUUUGAAGCAAUAUUCGUAUCGUGUUAUUCAGCACUGUAGCAAUAGUUAGUAUCAUGUACGCUGCUAAACGUUUUUUCAACACAUACAACCAAUGUCACCUUCAUCAGGAUAAUUAAUGA